AACCCAAUUCCCUACCAAAGAAUGGAUCGAAAUGUUACGCGCAACAGUUGUAUGGAUUCUACUCUACUCAUGGUUAGUAACUACCGGCUGCGGUGCCUCAAAAUCCAAUGCAAAUUUAGAAAUUGAUGAAAAUGUUACACCUCUCUACAAUGCUACGGCGAAUAAACAAACGCCUGUUAAUCGUGUCGUGAAUCAGGUGAAGAAAAUUGUGAAUGAUUUGCGUAACAAAACUGAGACGACUUUCAAACAAUGGACCAGGCCGAAGAAACCAAUAACGUUGACGAAUACAAAGAAAACAAACAAGCCAUUGGCGCAGGAACAUGUAACGUCGAAUAAGACCCAUGUUGUUAAAUCGAAACCCACAAAGCGGCCGAGAUACCAUUAUUAUGGGGCAUUGAAUAGGCGAUUUUAUGAAGAUACUAUACAACCGCCGGAGAUCAUUGAGAACUGAUACCAUAAAAUAUAGUGUGUGCAUCAAAAGUGUUAAUAUUUGUUAACAAGAAAUUAAAGGGAACAUUAACAAGUUAAAAUGCCAAU